GGCAGCAUGGCGAAGACGGUGGCCAUCAUCGGAGGGGGCAGCAGCGGGCUGUGUGCCAUCAAAGCCUGCCUGCAAGAGGGGCUGGAGCCCAUCUGCUUCGAGAGGACUGCGGACAUUGGAGGGCUCUGGAGGUUUGAGGAGUACCCCGAGGAGGGCCGCGCCAGCAUCUACCGCUCCGUCAUCAUCAAUGCCUCCAAGGAGAUGAUGUGCUUCAGCGAUUUCCCCAUCCCCGAGGACUUUCCCAACUACAUGCACAACUCCAAGAUCAUGGAGUACUUCCGCAUGUACGCCCGGCACUUCGACCUGCUCCGCCAUGUCCGUUUCAGGACCAGCGUGUGCCGCGUGGCCAAGCGCCCUGACUUCGCCACCACAGGCCAGUGGGAGGUGGUGACGGAGAGCGAGGGGAAGCAGGAGGCGGCCAUCUUUGACGCCGUGCUGGUGUGCACCGGGCACCACACCGAGGCACACCUCCCACUGAGCACCUUCCCAGGCAUUGAGAAGUUCAAGGGCCGCUACCUCCACAGCCGAGACUACAAGGAUGCCCGAGAUUUCACGGACAAGAGGGUCAUUGUCAUCGGGAUUGGGAAUUCAGGGUCGGACCUUGCCGUGGAGAUCAGCCAAACGGCCAAGCAGGUCUUCCUUAGCACCCGCCGGGGUGCAUGGAUCCUCAACCGUGUUGGAGAUCAGGGCUACCCCAUCGACAUCAUCUUCACCACCCGCAUGAAGAUGUUCCUGAAGAAGCUGCUGAGCCCGUCCAUGGUGAGCGACUUUGCAGAGAAGCAGCUGAACGCGAGGUUCAACCACUCACACUAUGGCCUGAAGCCAAAGCACAGGAUCCUUGACCAGCACCCGACCAUCAACGACGACCUGCCCAACCGCAUCAUUUCGGGCAGGGUGCUGGUGAAGCCGAAUGUCCAGCAAUUCACAGAGGCAUCUGCCAUCUUCAGUGACGGCACCAGGGAAGACAUCGAUGCCGUGGUCUUUGCCACAGGAUACAGCUUCUCCUUCCCCUUCCUUGAGGGCUGCGUGAAGGUGGUGGAGAACCAGAUCCCCCUCUACAAAUUCAUGUUCCCCCCCAACCUGGAGAAGCCGACGCUGGCUUUCAUCGGCCUCAUCCAGCCCCUGGGCGCCAUCAUGCCCAUCUCUGAGCUCCAGUGUCGCUGGGCCACCCGCGUCUUCAAGGGGCUGAACAAGCUGCCCCCACGGCAGGACAUGGAGGCUGACAUCGAGCAGAAGAGAGAAGCGAUGGCAAAGCGGUACGUGAAGAGCCAGCGGCACACCAUCCAGGUGGAUUACAUCCCCUACAUGGAUGAGCUCGCCUGCCAGGUGGGGGUCAAGCCAAACCUGCUCGCCCUCUUCCUCACCGACCCCAAGCUGGCGCUGGAGGUGGCCUUCGGGCCCUGCACGCCGUACCAGUACCGCCUGCGGGGCCCGGGCGAGUGGGCAGGUGCCAGGGAGGCCAUCCUCACCCAGCGGCAGCGCAUCAUCAAGCCCCUGCAGACGCGGCAUACGCGGCAUGUGGAAGAGCACCCCUUGGCCCCCACUGUGCCCCUCAUCUUCAAGCUGGUCGGGGCCGUGGCUGUCCUCGCCGUCAUUUUUGCUUACUUGUAG